GCUCGUUGUGGUAGUGAGCUUCCCCUGACCAGCGACGCCGAGGCGCCGCCGGCUCUCGCUCGUCGCUGGGACCGGCGCCGCUGUCUCAGGCGAAGUGAGAUGGCCCGGUGCUGGACGUCGCGCCGCCAGGACGCCAGGAGAGCGGAGGCGCGCUGAGAUGAGGUCAGAAGGCGGCGCAGUGGGCGCCCGAGCCCUGUGGGCGGCGCCCCACGCGGCCGCGCUGCUGCUGACCUGGCAGGUGGUGGCCGGUCAGGUGCAGGAGGCGCCGGUUAUUUCGAUACCGCAGGGAUCUCUCCGAGGGGUCCGCGAGUACGUGACACCUAGUCAAAGACCUGUGUUUGCCUACAAAGGGAUACCGUACGCCACGCCGCCAGUGGGAAGGCUUCGAUUCAGGCCGCCCGUGCGCGACUACGGCUGGAACCGGACCCAGCUGUUCGACCGGUUCGGACCGGCGUGUCCGCAGGUGGACACGCAGGGCGUGCCCGGUCCCGGCGUGUCCGAGGACUGCCUCACGCUCAACGUCUGGAUCCCGCAGGCGCCUGACGGAUUUCGCCGUUUCCCAGUCGUCGUCUUUCUGGAUGGCGAGCUGUUCUGGAGACAGCGAGCCUCCAAGUUUCCAAUGGAAGAGCUAAGCUCUGAAGAUCUCGUUGCAGUGUCCAUCAGCUACAGAACGAACGCAUUCGGCUUCCUGACGCUGCGCUCUCGAGCAGCGCCCGGCAACCUGGGCCUACGCGACCAGCAGCUGGCGCUGCGCUGGGUGCGCGACAACAUCGGCGCAUUCGGCGGCGACUCGCGGCGCGUCAGCCUGGUGGGCUUCUCGGCAGGCGCAGCUUCGGCCGGCCUCCACCUGGUGUCGCCGCAGUCGCAGGGCCUGUUCCAGCGCGCCGUGCUCAUGUCAGGCUCGCCGUUGGCGCCGUGGGCGCACAUGAGCAGUCAGGAGGCGCGUCGCAUCGGCCGCGAGCUCACUGCUAUCAUGGGAUGCCGCAACAGCGACGACGAAGAGGCGCUGCGCUGCCUGCAAGACCAGGACUUCACGCGUCUCCUCACGGCCGCCCAGAGGAUCCUGGAGUCGGCGAGCCGGUUCUUCCCGGUGUUCGCGCCGGUGACGGACGCGUUCCUCUCACCGCCUGAGCGGGUCCUGCCGGACGACCCGGAGCGGCUGCUGCGGCGCGGCGACUUCGCCAAGCUGCCCGUUAUGGCCGGCAUCGACCAGGACGACGGCAUCCUCAUGCUGUACCAGUACCCGGGAACGGACCGGCUGACGUUCUCCAACCUGACGCACGUGCUGCGCCGGGUGGUGGUGCCCCGUCUGCUGGACCAGCAUCAGCUGACGGCCCGGCGUUCCCUGCUCGAGGGCGUGCUCAGCUACCGCUACAUCGACUCCGUGCCGCCCGGCAGCCAGCAGCUCAUGCUGGCCAGCUUCGUGAAGAUUUUCAGCGACGCCUACUUUGUGGCUCCGCUGUACGGCUUUCUGGAGCUGUACGCACGGAGCGGGGCCCCCAUCUACGCCUACGCCUUCACCGAACGCGGUCCAGACAUCUUCGGCAACGUCGUCGCCCUGGAAGGCGCCAGCCACGGCUCCGAGCUGCUGUACCUGCUGGGGCCCAGCCUGUUCCGGACGCUGGUGGGAGGCACGUACGGGCCGGCGCAGCAGCGGCUCGGUCAGAAGCUGACCGCCUACUGGAAGGGCUUCAUCACGGAGGGUGACCCGGUGCGGGGCCGGUUCGGGGAACGCUGGGAGCGCUUCACACUGGACCGGCCGGUGUUCCACAACCUGGUGGGCUCGGUGGCGGAGAUCGGCUACCGACGCGGGGACGCGGGCUACUGGAACACCUUCCUGCAGUUCAUCGAGGGCGCCGGCGCCACGGCAGACCCGUCGCUGGCCACCACCGCCCAGACUCUGGUGGGCGGCCAACCGCCCUACGAGGCCAUCAUGUGGGUGUUGGUGGUCAUCAUGGCCGUCAUCAUCCUGGGCCUCUUAGUGGCUUUCAUCCUCACCAGACGCAGGCGACGCUCCAAGUCGGACAUGUCGUUUGGGUAGCAAUCCGCC